GUUCAUCAACAUCAUUUGGUUCUGCUGCCACUGGCUUGCUAUGAGCAACAGCUGCGUUAACCCUUUCAUCUACGCCAUCUAUAAUGAAAAAUUCAAGAGAGAAUUCCGGCACAAAUGUCGUUGCUGCUUCCGUGAGACUCAAGAACUUCCGCCCGACCUCAGCGAGCUGGAACGCUCGCGGGUGUCUUCUCAUCACUCGUUUAGGUACAGGUCGACUCGUGCGUCAUUUUUGAGUUCGAUGGCAGCCCGAGGAGGCAACCACCACAAUCCCUGGCAGUGCGGAGGCACCGCCUGCGUGGGCAGCUUACAGCCAGGCUAUCCGAUGCUCGGUAUCGACAACAGUCGAGGCUCCCAGAGGUUACGCCAGUUACCCCAGAAUAUUUCCCCAAACAUAAACGAUUUACCGCUUGAGGGUAAAAAAAGACACGUGUUAGUCUCAGUCAAAGACAAGGCGAACGAAAACAAGACGCUUCAUGGAUGUUUUCCGGCGUCGAAAUUUGAAGGUUCAGGACGAAGAGUAAAAAGUUCAUUCAGGGAAAAUCAGCCUUCGGAUAUCCCUGAAGAUCCUUUCAGCGAUAUUUCAUCUUUCAACGAACAGAAUAGUGAGACUUCCUUCAACCGUAUUGAUUCUCACCCUAUUUCCGUAGCUCUGACACACUCAUUCUCGUGUGAGGAGAAUCGAAGGAAUGGUGACAUGUGAAUAACUGAUUAAAAUACAACAGUACGAAUCAUUAUCAAAUUAGCAGUAUAUAUAUUUUUUCGGGGAAAAAUU